AUGCCCUCGACCCUCAAUGCACCUGUAUUACAGGUGGAUGCCAACCUAAUCCACCAAGUCGACACCUCUAACCCCCAGAACCUCUUCAACCUCUGGUGCAUGCUCUCCAGGUGCGCAGACGCUCUGCCACAAGGAAGAAGAUUGGAGAACCUCGUCUGGAGGUUAUUAAUGGAAGAGGUGCCCAACGAGAACGCACCUUACGCCGCCACUUCCCUCCCACGAGAAAUCCAACGCCCAGCGCGCAAGUCGUCUGCCGAAGACGUCCCCAGACUAUCGGCAAGCGUCGACUCCCUCGAGAACGACGAAGCUGUCGAGUUCUCUUCCGACUCAUCCCCAGUCGACAUCUCUCGACCACGGAUCCGACGACAAGAUUCUUGCACCAGCACCCGCAGCAGACACAUCUCUUCCGAGAACCUCGAGAAGAUGGUUUCGUCUAUUGUGGAGCAGAAGGAGUCUCUGUCUUCGCCGCUCCCAGAGCUACCUCCCCUACAGUCGCCACCCAAGGAAGAGGAGGCCUUGAUGCUUCCUCCACCCGAACUCAUCCGAUCAGGAUCGACGACUACUGAGUCUCCAAGCAAAGAUUCAGACGGCCCAUCCGAGUGCUCGUCCGCUGCCUCUGCCGACCUCCAAACAGCCAAGACUACUGUCGUUCGCGGGUUCUCGCCUUCAUCACGUCCCAUCCCCACAGUCUUCACCCCUCCCAGGGCAACAUCCGAGAUCCCCGCCCCCAAGUCCUCCCCAGCAGCAAAGGCGGUCGAGUCUAAGAAGUCUCGAGCCAAGUUUGUUCUCGGAGGGUCGUCUGAGGAAUCUUACAGCGAUCACGGCCACAGUGUCGAGACACGGCCUACCCUUGCACCACCAGCACCUAAGAAGAAGAUGUUCCAGAUUGGAGGCUCUUCAGAGGAGGACAGCUCGCUCAAGAGCGCACUCGCGUCUCCCCGCCAUGGCCUGUUGAGUGCACACAAGAAGCAGACCUCGUUUGCCAACAACCUGACGACCACGAUCCCCUCCACAUCAUCUGCCGUCAUCGAUGAAGAUGACGAGAGCUGCUACGACGAGAGCGCUAUUGAUGAUGACGAUGAGGACUGGGAGGACUCGAACGAGGAGGAGAGCAGCAAGAACAGUGUGGACGAGAAGACAUUCUUCCAGCGUGUCGAUUCAAGCGCCAACCUGACCUCGCGUCGAUCUCUCAUCACCCUGGGCCUCGAGUCGAACCAGCGCAGGGGUGCCGCACCUCACCUUGGCAAUGUGGCCUCACAGUCGACCUCUGCCAUCUCGCAGCGUGCACGAACUACUUUCAACGGCCCUUCCAUGGUGGCUUCCCCGAACGACUCCGAUGACGCGCCCCUCAUGAUGAAGCGAAAGCCCCGUGGUGCCCCACUGCGGUCUAUCAAUGAGAUUCCCCGCUCGUCAGCACAGCCCAUUGCGCCUACCAGCAACGGUGUCAGCCAACCCAUUGCCUUCUCUCCUAGGACGACCCGCCGCAACAUGAUGUCAACUGAGCUCACCGAGUCUCUACGCCGUCACCUCCUGUGGGAGAGGUCACAGAAGACCUCAACGGCUAAUGCGGUCCUUAAGCGUCGCCACACAUCGCAAGACGUGGCCAACCUGAGGCAGUACCCACAGCAACCUCACAUGAACCGAGACAACAACGACAUCAACGCCAGCAGCUGGGACCAGGACUUCACCCGGGAGGCUUUCGCCGGUUACCAUACCAAGGGCUGGUAA